UUGGUUCCGAGAAGUCGGUGAUUUUUUUCUUCUGGUUUUUUUUUUCCCCCUCAGCUUCUUCUCGUCUCCUUUCUAGCUGUUCUGUAGAGCGCAGCGAUGGGUCGCAAAAAGAAGAAGCAGCUGAAGCCGUGGUGCUGGUAUUGUAACAGAGAUUUUGAUGAUGAGAAGAUCCUUAUACAGCACCAAAAAGCAAAGCAUUUUAAAUGUCAUAUAUGCCAUAAGAAAUUGUACACAGGACCUGGAUUAGCUAUUCAUUGCAUGCAGGUGCAUAAAGAAACCAUAGAUGCUGUACCAAAUGCAAUACCUGGGAGAACAGAUAUAGAGUUGGAAAUAUACGGCAUGGAAGGUAUUCCAGAGAAAGAUAUGGAUGAAAGGCGGCGGCUUCUUGAACAGAAAACACAGGAGAGUCAAAAAAAAAAGCAACAAGAUGAUUCUGAUGAAUAUGAUGAUGACGAAUCUGCAGCCUCAACUUCCUUUCAGCCACAGCCUGUUCAACCUCAGCAAGGUUAUAUCCCACCAAUGGCCCAGCCAGGACUUCCACCAGUUCCAGGGGCACCAGGAAUGCCUCCAGGCAUACCUCCGUUGAUGCCAGGUGUUCCUCCCCUGAUGCCAGGCAUGCCUCCAGUUAUGCCAGGCAUGCCACCUGGAUUGCAGCAUCAGAGAAAAUACACGCAGUCAUUUUGCGGUGAAAACAUAAUGAUGCCAAUGGGUGGAAUGAUGCCACCUGGACCUGGAAUUCCACCUCUGAUGCCUGGUAUGCCACCAGGUAUGCCCCCUCCUGUUCCACGUCCUGGAAUUCCUCCAAUGACUCAAGCACAGGCUGUUUCAGCACCAGGUAUUCUUAAUAGACCACCUGCACCAACAGCAGCAGUACCUGCUCCACAGCCUCCAGUUACUAAGCCUCUUUUCCCCAGUGCAGGACAGAUGGGGACACCUGUAACAAGCUCAAGUACAGCUUCAUCCAAUUCAGAAAGUCUGUCUGCAUCUUCUAAAGCUCUGUUUCCUAGCACAGCACAAGCUCAGGCAGCUGUCCAAGGACCUGUUGGUACAGAUUUUAAGCCCUUAAACAGUACUCCUGCUACAACUACAGAACCCCCAAAGCCUACAUUCCCAGCUUAUACACAGUCAACAGCUUCAACCACUAGUACAACAAACAGUACUGCAGCAAAACCAGCAGCUUCAAUUACAAGUAAGCCUGCUACGCUUACAACCACCAGUGCAACCAGUAAGUUGAUCCAUCCAGAUGAGGAUAUAUCACUGGAAGAAAGAAGGGCACAGUUACCUAAAUAUCAGCGUAAUCUUCCGCGACCAGGACAGACUCCAAUUGGUAAUCCACCAGUUGGACCAAUUGGGGGUAUGAUGCCACCGCAGCCAGGCAUCCCACAGCAGCAAGGAAUGCGACCUCCAAUGCCACCUCAUGGUCAGUAUGGUGGUCAUCAUCAAGGCAUGCCAGGUUAUCUCCCUGGCGCUAUGCCACCUUAUGGACAGGGACCACCAAUGGUGCCCCCUUACCAAGGUGGGCCUCCUCGACCUCCAAUGGGAAUGAGACCUCCUGUUAUGUCGCAAGGUGGCCGUUACUGAUCUUACUUCACCAAGUCUAAUAGGUUUGGAGAUUAAACCUUUUCUCAACUUGUGCUGUUUAUAUAGACAAGCUUCCGUCUAUAAGGCUUCAUUGUGACUUUAACAAACAUUAUCUUCCCACAUCCCAGGAACUAUUGGACAUUUAUUUGAAAUGGGAGAAAUUAUUUGGAAUAAUAAAACAGGAAGUUUUCCUGAAGUUGCAAUUUAUACUGUAUGGCUUCUUUUUCAUGUUUCAUCUAGGUUUUUAGAAGUGAAGUAUAGUAAAUUUGGUUCGUUAAAUUGUGAAGGCGCUGGAAUUACAUGAACAUACCAUCUUAAAUAAAGGCAAGUUCUGUAAGCUUACAUUGCUAUUUGUAAAGUUAUGCCUUCACAGCAUUUCAAAUGCUGUUGGACUUCAUGUCCCCAACCUAGCUUGGUGAGGGCUGUAACUCUUUCCAAGUACUUGUACAUUGGAAGUCUGAAUGUGUAACAAUAUUUAAUGUAUUUAGAGAGUUCCUCGUGUUGCAGGGUUUAAGAAAUCUGGCCCAUUGAGGUCAUGUGACUUUUCUGUACUUCAAAACUUCAUUGUAAUAAAAUGAGAGAAAAAUUUA